UCUUCCUCCUCUCCUCCUCUCUCUCUCUCUGACUGAAAAUAGAUCCAGCUGGGUUUGGUUUGGCGAUCAGCGGCUCGCGUUUCCACCACAUUUUCCUCCACAAUAAGCGGACAGUACCGACUUUAAAGCGAACCGUAGGAUUUACCGCCGUCUCUUCGGGCUCCACCUCGCUCCCGUCCCAGGCUCCGUGCUGUCCGUGCAGCUUUCACAUAAAUAUUUCACACACCGUUUCUCUGUGGUUGCUGCCUCCGCCGCUGAAGUGAUGUCUGUCGCGGGGUUGAAGAAGCAGUUCCAUAAAGCCACCCAGAAAGUCAGCGAGAAGGUUGGAGGGGCGGAAGGAACCAAGCUAGAUGAUGACUUUAAAGAAAUGGAGAAGAAGGUGGACGUCACCAGCAGAGCAGUGUUGGACAUCAUGACCAAAACUACAGAGUACCUUCAGCCUAACCCAGCAUCAAGAGCCAAGCUGAGUAUGAUCAACACCAUGUCAAAGAUCCGUGGGCAGGAAAAAGGACCUGGUUAUCCGCAGGCUGAGACCGUCCUAGGAGACGCCAUGUUGAAGUUUGGACGGGAGUUAGGAGAGGAGUCCAGCUUUGGCUUGGCCCUCAUGGAUGCUGCUGAGGCGAUGAAGGAACUCGGGGAGGUGAAAGAUGCUCUGGACAUGGAGGUCAAACAGAACUUUAUUGAUCCACUGCAGAAUCUUCAUGAUAAAGACCUCAAAGAGAUACAGCAUCAUUUGAAGAAGAUGGAAGGCCGACGUCUGGACUUCGACUACAAGAAGAAGCGUCAGGGGAAAGUCCAGGAUGACGAAAUCAAACAGGCACUGGAGAAGUUUGAUGAGAGCAAAGAGAUCGCAGAGCAGAGCAUGUUUAACCUACUGGAGAGCGACAUAGAGCAGGUGAGCCAGCUCUCAGCAUUGGUCCAAGCUCAGUUUGAAUACCACAGUCGUGCCUCUGAAAUCCUCCAACAGCUCUCCAGGAAGAUGGAGGACAGGAUAAAAGAAGUGUCCAGUAAACCGAGGAAGGAGUACACUCCAAAACCCAGAAUGACACUGGAGCUGCUGCCACCCAGCGAAAGCCACAAUGGAGGGAUACACUCUGCCAAAUCCCCAGGAAGAUCACCAGCCCCUAUGGACCAGCCAUGUUGUCGAGCGCUCUACGACUUUGAACCAGAGAAUGAAGGUGAGCUGGGCUUCAAAGAGGGGGAUGUCAUCACCCUGACCAAUCAGAUCGAUGACAACUGGUACGAGGGUAUGAUCAACGGCCAGUCGGGCUUCUUCCCCAUCAAUUAUGUGGAUAUUCUGGUGCCGCUCCCUCAUUAGGUCCUGUUACCAACCUUCCGCUUCCCCUCGACCAAUCCAGACACCCAGAAAACAGCCUGUAUUUGCAUAAACAACAAACCACGCCCUCCUUCUACUUCUUCUUCUUCUUCUUCUUCUGUGCUUCUGUGCGAUUCUGCUUUCACAAAAUGGACUGAAACGAGAGAGAAGCCCGAGAUGGGAUACAUAAGAUGCGGCAGUAGAACAGCGAUUAGAGUAGAAGAAGAAAGGGAGAGGAGGAUUAUAGCGUGAGAGCUGCAUAAGCAAGGGACUGAAAGAGAUGAAAAGACAAAGAGAUGAUGUUCUUUUAUAGCACAGUGCUUGGCCGGGCAGCACAGAAUACUGUGAGGUUAUGGAGACUUGCGAAUAAGGCACGGUGUAUAUGUACGUGCAUGUAUGUGUCUAUAUGUGCGUUUUGACCUGUUCUUACUGUAUUUAUGAUCAAGCCAGCACAAAUUCCUGCUUGUCGGUUUAGCUGCCUGACAGCUUUUUUGUGAGACUGUCUUCUUUCUUCUUUUCUUGCUGUAUUUCUCUAAAAGUAACUGUUCUUUCUACCUUAA